AUGUUGAUCGAUUCUGGAUCAACUAAGUUCCCAGGAAUCAUAGGAAUCCAUGGUACGAUAACGUUGAAGAAUUUAGAAAAUAACCUAGGGUUGAUACCCAUGAAAUUAGGGACCGCCAAAAUUACAAAAAAUUGUCACUCAAUACUGUAUUUUUACGACGUCAAUUUAAUAAUCACUGAAGUUAAUGACCUUAAGAAAAAAACUGAAAAUGUUGCGACAUUAUCCAGGAAAUAUAUUGAGCACUAUAAACACUCAGCAAAUUACCUCAAUGUUUUGUAUUUCUUAGAAAGAAAAGUAGACGGGAAGCUAAAUGACAUUUUUCCCUCUUCUUACGAAACUGUUCCAUCAUUUUCUGUUAGAAUAAAAAGGGGAUUAAUAAACGGCUUAGGUUCAAUUUUCAAAGCAAUCACAGGAAACCUGGAUGCUUCAGAUGGUGAAAAAUUCGAGUCUCUAAUAAGCGAUUUGCAGAAUGAUCAAAACAAGUUAUCAGAAGCUAUCAAUAGUCAGAAUACCUUAUCUGUCGAACUUAUCGAUAAUUUCAAUAAAACUAUGCAUAUACCCCUAAAAACUGAGGGAGUACCAAAUGCCGCCUACCACAGGCUGGUCCAAAAAUACAAAAACAUUGAUCCAAAUGCCAACAGGGACAUAGUGGUUAAGAAGAUUAAUAAUCUUAGAACUGCAUAUAAAAAAGAGCUUAAUAAAAUAAAAAAAUCGCAUAAAUCCGGAGCAGGAACUGACGAGAUUUAUACUCCUCACUUAUGGUACUUCGAGUUGCUAAGUUUUUUAUACGAUCAAGAAGUACCAGGACCAUCGAUAUCGAACAUGGAUGAGGACGAAAAUGAGGCUAAAGAAAACUGUGUCGUACCCUUAUCUCCAUUGCUACUCGGGCCAGCAUCAGCUGACUGGCUUAAUCGCAUCUUCCGAGAUGUAUUCUGGCAGAUCCUAGCUGAGCGAGUUAGAGUACACUCAGUGGCGCAGACUGAUGAUAGAGAAGGCGUUAGUGAAGAAGACAUGCCUCCGACUUUGAUGUAUAUUCGUGAAGCAGCAAGAGUGGUAGCUCAAUCAGCACAUUGUAUUCAUAACGGUGGUGCUAUCUAG